AUAGUGCAGCUGUUGUACGGGGUUUGAGGUUGGGGUGGUUGCCAGUCUGGGUGAGAUGAAUUUAGUUUGUUUUAGCUGAAUGGUUGUAUGUCUAUGAUAAGGUAACAGGCUUGACAAAGAGCCGUGAGUUGUUGGCGGGCGUCCUUAUGACGUUUCAGCUGCAAAUGUAGGGUGCUUCUCAGUAUUGUUUUGGAUAGGUAACAUCUUGCUGCACCCCACAAACAACUCGCCAAAAUGAAUCCUGUGGGUGUAGGGGAUGACCAGCCAACUGUAAGUGCUGGAAUGGCAAAAGUGCGUUUUGUCAACUUCAACCAAGACUACAGCUCACUAGCAGUGGGGACCCACAUUGGGUACAGGCUGUUCACUAUCAAUAGCAUUGACAAGAUUGAACAAAUCUAUGAAGUUGAGAUCGGUGACGUGCUGAUCGUGGAGCGGCUCUUCUCUAGCAGCCUGGUGACCCUGGUGACCCAGGCGCUGCCGCGCCGGCUGCAGGUGUGCCACUUCAAGAAGGGCACCAAGGUCUGCGAGUACGACUACACCAACACCAUCGUCGCCGUUCGGCUAAACAGGGCGCGUCUGGUGGUGUGCCUGGAGGAGUCGCUGUACAUCCACAACAUCCGCGACAUGAAGCUGAUCCACACCAUCCGCGACACGCCGGCCAACCCGCGCGGCGUCUGCGCGCUCAGCGUCAACAGCGACUACUGCUACCUGGCCUACCCGGGCAGCGCCAGCAUCGGCGAGCUGCAGGUGUUCGACGCGCUCAACCUGCAAGCCAAGACGAUGCUGCCGGCGCACGACUCGCCGGUGGCGGCGGUGGCCUUCAACGCCGGCGGCACGCAGGUGGCCACCGCCUCCGAGAAGGGCACUGUCAUCAGGGUCUUCAACAUCAAGGACGGGUCCAAGGGGUACGAGCUGCGGCGCGGCCUGAAGCGCUGUGCCCAAAUCUCCAGCAUGUGCUUCUCGCCCGACUCGCAGUUCCUGGCUCUCAGCAGCAACACAGAGACCAUCCACGUGUUCAAGCUGUCGGAGACGGUGGCGCAGCCCGUGCCGGCCAAGACGGACGAGAGCGGCUGGAUGGGCUACCUUAGCAAGGCGGUGACGGCGUCAGCCAGCUACCUGCCCUCCCAGGUCACCGAGGUGCUGAACCAGGGUCGAGCGUUCGCCACCGUGCACCUGCCCGUGCCCGGACUCCGCGGCGUCUGCGGUCUCGUCACGAUCAAGAAGCAGUUGAGGCUGCUGGUGGCCGCCGCGGACGGCUACCUUUACGUCUACAACGUGGACACCAACGAGGGUGGUGACUGCAAUCUCAUCAAGCAGCAUAGGCUGGACGGUCGGCUGGAGGGCGAGCUGACGGACCCGGCGCCCGAGGCGGGUCACAGCCCGUCACCGCCGCAGGCGGCACCAGACUCGGAGAAGUACCAGGAGAUGCGCGCCGCCACCGAGUCGCCGCCGUCGGAGGGGCCGUAUCAGCUACACGACGAGGAAGAGUUCCCGCCCAUGUCCUAGCCGGCGCGCGGGCACGGCGGACACGGCUCCGGACCGCGCACACCGGACGACCAGGACCGGGCUGGGCCCGCCGGGCACCCGGCGAGCCGAUCCAGCGGCCCACUGGACUCGGACCCGGGACCGCCCGGUCCCAGCGGACACGGAUCCCGGACAGCGCGGUGCUUUCACGCGUCAUAGACGGCGUGAACCGGCCGCGGUCGGGGCGAUCAGGGCUCGUGCAGCUGCCCUCUGGCUCUGGGCCACAUUAGGCGCGCGGCGAGGCUGGAGAGUCAGGUCGAGCGGGGUUCAGCUCGGCAGUCAGAGUAGCGGCGAACUCUCGCGAGGCGGGACGGGGGCGUUCUAGGUCAUUUCGCGGCUUAGCUCGCGAGUCAGUUGGCCGGCUUUCGUCACGCGGCGCGAUGCACGCGAAAAUUCGUCGGCGGUGUGCUAUCCUCCAGCGCUGUUUCCCACGUCGGCGUCGCGUCGUCGUCACUGUACCGGACGCUGGCCAGAUCGGGACUGGGGCCGGCCAGUCCGCAAUAGAAAUCCCGCUUGUGUCGCCGACGAGCACAGUCACAGCUUCCCAGCGGCACGUUGUCGGCCGCUUCCCACGGUCGGAUCCCACUCAGUGUCCGCGAGCGGCGAGGGUCGGUCGGCUCCCCCACCCCAGGCAGGUGCGCGGCGGUGCAGGCCGGGAUAAGGUGCGAGUGAUAGGGAGGAGCCAAUCAGUCACGAGGUGAGGGGCCGAACGGGCCAGGGGAUGGUGUGUCGCCCGGCGGAGGAGAGGCGGGAGUACUUGCUUGGCUUGACGGUUGGCCGGGGCGACAGGGGACGUUUACUGGUGUGUGGGACGACUCUUGUAACGGCGAAUGCGUUUUGUUCAAUAAAUCACGGUGCAGAGA